GCUGGAGUCACCUGGGCGCAGUUUGCGUUGUAUGAAACAGUCUUGAUCUGAGAAGAAGCCCGGCCGUAUGACUACUCCCUAGAACAGUGACCUACAACCGCAGCUCGUGUUAUGGCUGCUACUGCUCAGGACUCGCAGGCGCCCCUGCGGGGCCCCGAGAAGAAGGAUGAGGACCGGGAGGAUGAGACGGAGUUCUCUCCCUUCUAUGGGAUUGAUAAGGGCGCGGUUCUGCAGGAGGCUAGGGUGUUCAAUGACCCGCAAAUUGACCCUCGGAGAUGUCAGCAGGUGAUUACCAAGCUGCUGUACCUGCUUAAUCAGGGCGAGGUGUUCACCAAGAAAGAGGCAGCUGAGGUCUUCUUUGGCGUUACCAAGCUGUUUCAGAAGCAAGAUAUUAACCUGCGGCGCAUGAUGUACUUGUGCAUCAAGGACAUCUGCCCGGGCGCGGACGAGGUCAUCAUCGUGACCAGCUCGCUGAUGAAGGAUAUGAACAGCAAGACAGAUCUUUAUCGCGCGAAUUCGGUCCGCGUGCUUUGCAAAAUCAUUGAUGGGCAGCUGCUUGCACAAAUCGAGCGAUACCUGAAGCAGGCCAUUGUGGACAAGUCGGCAGUUGUGGCCAGCGCAGCCUUGGUCAGUGCAUUGCACCUACUCGGGAAUAAUGCAGAAAUUGUCAAGCGAUGGGUCAAUGAGGUGCAGGAGGCAGCUCAGAACAAAAACAACAUGGUGCAGUUCCAUGCGGUUGCCCUGUUGCACGCGCUGCGAGCUUCAGAUCGCCUUGCCAUCAGCAAGCUAGUUACGAGUCUUACAAAGGCUAACGUGAAAAGCCCGCUGGCGCAAUGCUUGCUGGUGCGCUACCGGCCGUUUUACGAUUUCCUGGAGAGCUGCUUGCGACAUAAGGCUGAGGUGGUGAUCUUUGAAGCAGCGCGGGCGAUUUGCAACCUGCGUGAUGUCACGGCGCGUGAGCUCACGCCAGCCAUUACCGUCCUGCAGCUUUUCCUCAGCAGCAGCAAACCGGUUCUACGGUUUGCAGCAGUGCGAACCCUUAACAAGGUCGCGAUGACACAUCCGCUCGCGGUUACGCACUGCAACAUCGACAUGGAAUCGCUUAUCAGCGACCAAAACCGGUCCAUCGCCACGCUGGCAAUUACGACGCUGCUGAAGACGGGGAACGAGUCCAGCGUGGAGAAACUGCUGAAGCAGAUCGGCAGUUUCAUGUCGGACAUCGCGGACGACUUCAAAAUAGUGGUGGUGGAGGCCAUCCGGUCCUUGUGCCUGAAGUUCCCAUCCAAGCAGCGUGCGCUGAUGAACUUCUUGUCCGGUGUCCUUCGGGAGGAGGGGGGUUUCGAGUAUAAGAAGGCCAUUGUCCAAAGCAUCCUUGUCCUGAUCCAGGAGAUACCCGACGCCAAGGAAACUGGGUUAGGGCACCUAUGCGAGUUCAUCGAGGACUGCGAGUUCACAUACCUGUCUACGCAGGUGUUGCACCUGCUAGGCCAAGAAGGCCCGAAGACAAAGGAGCCUUCUAAGUACAUUCGAUACAUCUACAACCGGAUUAUUCUGGAGAACGCCACAGUUCGGGCCGCAGCUGUGUCAGCUUUGGCCAACUUUGGAGCUGCAUGCGAGGCCUUGCGGCCCCGUAUCAUCGUGCUGUUGCGCCGUGCGCUUUCGGACAAUGACGACGAGGUACGUGAUCGCGCGACGCUGCACCUGGAGCAGCUUGUGGGCAAGGCAGGUGGGCCGGACGCUGUGCAGCCACGUGUGGAUGUGAACCUUGUGGCCAUGGAGAAGGCCCUGGCAGACUAUUUGGCGGGUCCCACGGAUAAGCCUUUCGAUAUCUCGGUCGUCCCUAAAGCCGCCCCAUCGGUACGUGGAGCGGGCAUCAGUGCCUUGGGCCUCCCUCCAGGUGCUGCAGCUGCGAGCGGUGUCAGCGGACUGCCGGCAACCAGCGCCGCACGGAGGGACCCCACGGUCGAAUAUGCCGAGCUUCUCCGGUCGAUUCCCCAACUUGCUCCAUUGGGGGAGGUCUUCAAGUCCUGCGAGCCGGUUCGGCUUACCGAGGAGGAUACGGAAUAUGCCGUGUUCUGUGUAAAGCACAUUUACGAGUCGCACAUAGUCUUCCAGUUCAACUGCACUAACACGAUUGCGGAGCAAGUCCUGGAGGACGUGAGCGUUGCAAUGGAUUUGGCAGAAGCGGCCGACUUCGAGGAGGCUUUCACCGUACCCCUCGACACGAUGCCUCUAAAUGGGGUGGGGCAGUGCUUCACUGUUGUGUCGCGGCAGCCGGGCGCCAUUGCGACAGGAAAAGUCGUCAAUAUCCUGAAAUUUAAGGUCAAGGAGAUCGACCCCGGCACUGGCGAGGCGGAGGAGGAAGGCUAUGAUGAUGAGUACCAGCUGGAGGAUUUGGAGGUGACCCCGGCGGACUACGUUAAGCCCACGCUUCUCGGCAACUUCCGUAAGGCUUGGGAGGAGCUGGAUCCUGCCACCGAGAAGGAGGACGAGUAUGGCCUGGGGACGCGCGAAGGACUUCAGGAGGCUGUUGAGGCGGUAAUCGGCAUUUUGGGCAUGCAGCCAUGUGAAGGCAGUGAAGCGGUGCCUCCCAACGCACGCAGCCAUACGGUGCUAUUGGCUGGCAUCUUUGUGGGUUACCAACAAGUUCUGGUUCGAAUGUCGUUUGGCAUUGACUCCGCGAGUAAUGUGGCUAUGAAGCUCGUGGUACGCGCAGAGUCCUUGGAGCUGAGUGAGGCUAUCCACCAGAUUAUCCAGGAUGCCUGAACUGCUUUGGACCCAGCACCAGUGGAUCUUGCAGUGUGUUGUUGGGUCUGGGCGCGGGCAGUUACUUCUUGCAGUUAAGACGUAUAGGUUUAGGGAACUGUGAGGCGUAGCUGUCCGUGCAUGUUGGCUUGUAAUAACGUACCAAUGUGGUGGCAGGGUUGGCGACUUUUGUUUUUUCUUGGGUUUUAUCAGGACAUGGUUAGGGUCUCGUGGUCAUGCAUGGAUCGGUCGGAAAUAGAGCACGGAAGGGUAGAGCAGUGGUGACGCGUAGGUGCAAGACGGCUGGUUGGAUAAUAUAGCAGGCUUAUGCAAGAGCGUCUGGAAAGCUGCUGCUGGUUGCGUUAAGUAUGAAAACAUAUUCCGGGCACUGUGAUGAUAAGAGAUGUAGCAAUACCUUGUUACGGACUCUUCUUUUCCGGACUAAGCUUCUUUUGAGCUUGAAUAUUAUAUGCUG